UCGGUGUUCCGGCGCGCGGUUCUGGUUCCGGCUCAGCGAAGAGCGGACGUGCACGGAGUUCCCCCCGUCUUUCACACAGGAGGACGCGCGAGAGGCGGAGGAGAAUCCCGUUGGCUUCCGACGCCUCACAAAAGGCCCGGGAACGCAAACAACGCGUCGACCGGCGAGUCCGCUAGACGUUCGGGACACAGUCGCGAUGGACGGCGCGCGUGCAGGGCCACCAUCCUUCUUUACGAGCACCACCGGCGAUGCCCAAGGACAUGCUGAGCACCUCAGCAAGACCUACUACGAAGUGUUGGGGGUGAAGAAUGACUGCACACAGAAGGAGAUCAGGGACGCCUAUGUCAAGUUGUGCAAACAGCUCCACCCUGACGUCAAAGGUGCUGCCACAUCAAUAAAAGACCACAGCAAGUUUACUGAGCUCAACCAAGCCUACACAAUCCUUAGCAAGCCUCUUGACCGCAAGCAUUACGAUGACACUCUAUUGCAUCCAGAGCUUCACAACGUCCAACGUACAGUGUGGAGGCCAUACACACGUUAUGAAGAGCCAUUCAUGCACACAAAAGGCUCCAGUGGCUACGAUGACUAUGAGACACCAGGAUAUGAGGACUUUGCUCAUCUGUACAAAGAAAAAAGAAGACAGCACCAGAAUGCCAAGGUCUAUAUUGUUACGGGGUGCCUUGUCUUAAUCGUUUGUGGUGCUUGCCUCCAUUAUGUAGCGUUCAGAUAUGGAACCUCCAACGAAAUGAAGAGGAAGAUGCAAGAGACCAACAGAAAGAACUGGGCAGAGUACCAUCAAUCCAAGAGUGACUUCAGGAAGUACGGCAUGGAAGGCCAGAUGGAGCGACUACUCGGAUUCAAACGGGAGACAAAAGAGGACAAGGUUGAUAAAAGCAGUGAAGACUGAGCCUUAGUAUGUUUGAUUUAAGAACUAGCUUAAUAAAUAUAGGUGUUCUAUUGCCCUGCAUUA